GUGGCUGAACUAGGCGCCAGGCGCGAGCGGGGUUGCCUCUGCUUCUCCUCCCAUCAUCAUCACGCAGCUGGGUGGCGAUCUCCUGCCGUCCCUCCUCGGCUGGGGCAAGCGAGCGGCCAGGCACAGAUUCACGGCCGCGGCGGGCGUGAGAGGCCGGGCCUGAGGGAAUCUCGGGCACGGGGCGGAUCUCUCCACGGCCGGACACACAGCGCUGGCGCCACCUCCGCUCCCACCGGCUUUAGCAGCAGCCGCCCGUAGAAGCAGAAGCAGGGCGAGCGCGAGCGGGGAAGGCGGCCGUGGCUCCCUCGGUGGGCCUCCUUCCUCCCCAUCUCCCCGCGGAUGAGCCAGGUCUCUCCUAGCUUGCCGGUGGCUGCGGCAACGGCGGCUCUGUGCAGCCGAGGCCGGAGGAGCUGCCUGAGACCUCCCCUGCGGGCUCCAUGGAGAAGGCAGCGGCGACGGCGCAGGGCAGCGGCGAAAUCUUAGCAGCGGCUGCCAGCGGCGGAAGCAACAGCAGCAGCCGGAGCAGCAGCCGCCCCACGUCGGCGGGCUCCUCUCCUUGUUCCACCGCGAGCCGAGGGCUCUCGGGCCGGCAAGCAGCGGCGGCGGCAGCCGGGAGGCCGGAUGGAGGCGGCGGGAGCAGCAGCAGCCCGAGUUCGGCAGCGGCCAGCCCAGGGGGCGGGCUGGCGCUCGGCAGGAGGACGGAGCCGGUGCUGGAGGGGACCCUGAGCAAAUACACCAACCUCAUCCAGGGCUGGCAAAGCAGGUAUUUCAUGCUGGAUUUUGAGACUGGAAUUCUGCAGUAUUUUGUGAAUGAACAAAGUAAAAACCAGAAGCCGCGAGGUGUGCUAUCCUUGGCUGGGGCUGUAGUUUCUCUCAGUGAUGAAGCUCCAAACAUGUUGGUAGUAUACUCAGCUAAUGGAGAAAUGUAUAAACUGAGAGCUGGUGAUACAAAGGAGAGACAGUAUUGGGUGACUCAGCUCCGCUCCUGUGCCAAGCAUCAUAUGGAAACUAAUUCAAAGAACACUUCAACCUCACGAAUGAAAAACUUGUCUGUGCCUCAUGGAGGAUCCAACUCCACAUCUCCCAGCUCUCAAAAAAGCCUGAAUCAGAGUGGACCACCAGUUGUCACCAUUACACAUCACAAAUCGCCUGCAGCAGCUCGAAAAGCCAAGAGCCAGCAUCCUAACCAGCUCCAUGAAGUCAAAGAGAUCAUGAACCAAGUGGAGGGGCAGCAGAAGAACCUUGUGCAAGCCAUUGAAUCCCUUCCAGGUUCUGGUCCUCUUUCUGCCUUGGAUCAAGACUUGCUCCUUUUAAAAGCUACCUCUGCUGCUACCCUCAGCUGCCUUGGAGAAUGUCUGCAUUUGCUACAACAGAGCAUAAAUCAAGUUAGCCAGCACAGUGCCAGGACAUUGCAUGCAGACAGCAUUCUAGGAUGGCAUGGGCCAAAGUCGAAUUCCACAGAGCCACUGAAAAAUGGUGCCCUUAGUUCUUUGACAACUGCUAGUGCCAACCUAACAUGGGCUUUAGUACCAUCUGUGACAGAUGAUGGAGAAAUGCAGUCAGCCAUAGAGCGUUCAGCUCGUGAAUUGAUCCUGGUUGAAGAUGAGAUGACAGAUACCGAAGAUACCGAAGAGGAGGAUUUAGGUGUCAUGGAUGAUCAGCGUAGUAUAAUUCUUCAUCUCAUCUCACAACUCAAGCUUGGAAUGGACCUAACCAGGGUAGUACUUCCAACCUUUAUUCUGGAGAAGAGGUCCCUGCUUGAAAUGUAUGCAAACUUCUUAGCCCAUCCAGAUCUAUUUUUGUCAGUUGCAGCUGGAACCACUCCGGAGGAAAGAAUAAUUUACUUUGUGGAAUAUUACUUAACAGCCUUUCACGAAGGCCGAAAAGGAGCUGUUGCCAAGAAACCCUAUAAUCCAAUUAUUGGAGAAACCUUCCAUUGCUCUUGGGAUGUGCCUAAAGACAAAGUGAAACCAUUCAGAACUAACAGUGCCUCUUCAUCUCCCAGUAUUAAAAAGAAAGGGAUUGGGCAGAAUCCAUCUGAGUGCUACAAGCUAAGGUUUGUGGCCGAACAAGUAUCCCAUCACCCACCAGUAUCUUGCUUUUACUGUGAGUGCAAGGAGAAGAAAGUGUGUGCAAACGUACACGUGUGGACCAAAAGCAAGUUCAUGGGAAUGUCUAUAGGUGUUUCUAUGGUAGGUGAAGGCAUUCUUUAUCUAACUGAACAUGAAGAAGAAUAUGUGUUCACACUGCCUUGUGCCUAUGCUCGCUCUAUACUGACCAUUCCUUGGGUGGAGCUUGGAGGCAAAGUCAAUAUUCACUGUGCCAAGAGUGGCUACUCUGCUACAGUCACAUUCCAUACCAAGCCUUUCUAUGGCGGGAAAGUUCACAGGGUUACAGCAGAGGUGAAGCAUAAUCCCACCAAUACCAUAGUAUGUAAGGCACAAGGGGAGUGGAACGGUACGCUGGAAUUUUCGUACAGCAACGGAGAAACCAAAAUAAUUGACACCACCAACCUACCCAUUAUUCGUAAGAAGAUUAGGCCAGUAGCAAAACAAGGCCCAUUUGAAUCCAGACAUCUUUGGCAGCAUGUUACCAGCGCCCUGAAAGAAGGCAACAUUGGUGCUGCAACGGAGCACAAGCACUUUCUUGAGGAGAGGCAGCGGGCAGAGGAGAGGCAACGAGCAGCUAGCAAUACACCAUGGAAACCAAAAUAUUUUAUCAAAGAGGGUGAUGGAUGGAUAUACUUUGAUCCCCUCUGGAAGACCCGUUGAUAAACUCACCUGGACUCGUAAGAAGCCCAUUUCCUAAAGGCAUUAAAAAGAUGCACUAUUUAAAUUUUCAGGUGUGAUGAAGUCUUGCUAUAAAUUAAAAGCUGUGUACUAUGAAUAAUGCAGCUCAAAACAGCUUAAAAGCUCAAGUUUAUUGAAGAGCCAUUUUGUGUGUACGUGUAGAAGUGCACACUCUCUUACUGUGUAUUGAUAUAUAGAAGCCUAUUGUGUAUACAGACACACACAGUGAUUAAGGGUCAGAUCUUUUGCACUGAAGUCAAUGUGUACCACAUUGCUUGCAGGAUCAGGCUUCGCAUUAGUAAUUAACACUUUUUUAUUAUUACGAAUUGAGGUUUUUCUAUUUUUCACAUUGCCAAAAAUGUUUUGCACUUAAAACCACUUGACACUGACAACUAUUUCAUGGUCAAGCCCGUGACUUAAACAAGUUGCUUUAUUUGACACAAGAAUGAUAUUCUCUGUGGAUAUCCUCGUGAGAGCAUGUUUCGGUCUUUGAUUCUCGAGCUUCCUGGCAUCUUGUAGGAAGAGAGGAAUCGAUCUUAAGCAGCCUUGCUGAUCCAUUGCCCCCAACUUUCCAGAGGUUGCUUUGCAUGCCCGUUUGCCAUUUUGCUCCCUGGGAAUUUUGGAUUUCCUGGUGAGUCAUUUGCCACUGGAUGUGCCAGAGACCUCUGAAACCCCAUGCUGUUUGUUUUAUGAAGUUCCAAGUAGUUAUGUCUUGCUUCAACAAACCAUUAUUUUGGCUAUAUCAACUUUUAAAAAUGCUUCCUUUUAAACAGAAAGCAUGUCUAGCUUUCUAGGAAAAUACCAGUUAAUUAACAGGCAGUUAAUUGAGCUGCUUAGAUAACACUUCCAUGGCAAAAAUAAGGGCUUUUAAAAAUGUGGAGGAAAGAAUUCUGCACUGUGUAUUUUUUCUUGAAAUGUAAAACUGUUAAGUGACACUGUAGGCAGAUUCACACAACUGUUGGGGUCCCCCCACUUCCUACGAUGAAGUAGCGUUUUCUAUUAAAUUUUUACGGGCUGUAAUCAGGUACUCAACACUUUUGAUUCACUCUUGGGAAAGUGUGGGGCAAAAUCCAACCCCUCGUUUCCCACCCUAAUCAGCUGAUUGGUAUUUUGAGUAGCCCCAGCUGCUGAAUUGGAUAGGGGAAUUGCGUGUGUAUAGCAGCCACUUGCAUAAAUUCAGAAUGACUCAGGAGGUCAAUAUGAGUUUAGCUUGUUUUAACAAUUAGUCUGUGGCUAGUUUGUAUUAUGAAUGUAUGUUGAGCCAUUCCAUAGGUGGGACCAGGAUGUAUGAGGAACCCUUUCAUGAGGGGAUUGCAAAAGCCAUUUCACACAGUAGGCCAUGUAAGUCUACCAGGAUGUUGAAAUUCUAUUAAAAUUCGCUAAGCUCUAGUUGUGCUCCAGUCAUAGCUCAUAUUUCAGUGGCAAAAUAGGUUUGAUUUCUAAAUUAACAUCCAUGUAUAAUGUUCUCUGCUCAGUGCUUAAACUAUCUUUAGUGCCCCUUAAAAUAUCCUAUGUAUUAGUUAUGAAUGCUGAUCUUUACAUUGUACUGAUUAUUUUUUGUGCCUUUUGUCUGCUUGAAUACACGACUUGCAUCUUGUAUGUAAACAGGAAAGAUAUAUUUGUUAGCUUUUUAAUCUUUUUUGAGCAGAAAACUAAGGUGGCAGUCAAAACUAUAUACAUGUAUCUAUGAUAAAGGAAUGUAUUGCAUCUUAACUCUUUGAGUUAUCCUUCUGUUAACAUUCUCUCCUCUAAAGAACAUCAACAUGUCUGCAUAUUUAGCAAUUGGUCCACACUCUUGAGCCUAUUUAUUGUAUACUGGUCUCAGCAUAUGAAACCAUUGUAUUUACAGAAGCAGAAUUUUUCUUAAAUGUGUUAAACCUGCUUUAAAGGAAAUAAAACUGUACAGCCUCAAAUGUAAUGUAUAGAAACUUUGUUUUGCAAAGAAAACUUUAUUUUUCUGUUUAAAAAAAAUUGUCAAAUUGGUCUGAACAGAUGCUUGUACCAGCAGAUCCUAAUUUAUACUGCUUGUAUCAAGUCUUGUGUUAAAGUGGUUGGCCAGGCAACUACCCUUGAGUAGUCCACUGAAAUCAGAAAGUUACCUCUCAGUACUCUAUUUUGCUCAUUCGCCAAAGGACUAGUUAUUUCUAGAUUACUUAACUUCACAACUCUGUCUAGAGUCAUGGGUUGUAUUUUCCCUCACUGAUUUGAUAAGAAUGGUUAUCAGUACUAUAGGCUGUAGAUAGGUGGUUACAUCUGAAUGAGGACUUUACACUACGGUAAAAUAGAUCAUCUCUGCAUGGUCAUUUCAUGGUGCAUGAUAAACAUGCUAUUCACACACUGGUUUCUUGCUUAAUGUUAGUGAAAUUUCUGCUGCAGCUAUUGAAAUCUGCACAGGUUUAUCUUCUAAGAUCAACAGGAUCAGGGUCUUAUUUGAAUAAUGCAACUAUCAAGAUUCCAAAAAGAGCCAAACUUUUUUCCUAAUUUUAAAUCCCACUCCGUAUUUCACAGUUGAAAGGUUAUGCUGGGAUAUGAAGAAGCAACAUGCCUUAUUUGUAGGUCAUUUCAUGUUUGUCUUAUGCCUGCAACUAAAUACUUCCUUUCAGUGUAGAUGAUAUUGUGCACUCUGAAUUGUAAUGUAAAUUUUGAUGUACUUCCAGUUAGCCUUUUUGUGCACAGCUGUAGAACCUAUGCAAAUUUUUCUUAAAUAGAACUGUUCAUAAACAAGUUUAUACAUUUGUUAAAAUCAAAUUCUCUGGCAGUCACUUCUGAUUAGCCUCCCUUUCAUAAUUUGUGAACUAAAAUCACUGAAUAAAUUUUAUUUGAAUGUA